AUGCAGUCGGAAGGGAGCUUUGGCAUUCCAGAGGGCUCUACCGUUCUUGUGACGGGUGUGAAUGGCUUCAUCGGUUCCCAUGUCUGCAGUCAACUGCUACAGCUUGGUUUCGAUGUCCGCGGGACCGUCAGAGAUCCGACAAAGUACGCCUGGGUCGAGUAUUUGAUGGAGAGGGACAACCCGAAAGGUUGCUUCACGCUGGCCUCUCUGCCGGACCUCGAGGACGCGGGGGCCUUUGAUUGUCUUGUUGAUGGCGUUUCGGCUGUCAUCCACGUGGCCUCGCCAGUGUCUUUGAGUCCCGACCCAGAGAGCGUCAUUCCGAACAGCAUCAACGGCGCCAUGAAUGCCCUCAAAGCAGCCAACAGAUCGCCAACUGUCAAGAGAUUCGUCUUGACUAGCUCGUCGGUUGCAGCGGCUCUACCAAAGCCUGGUCAGAAAGGCGAAGAGGUGACAACAACAAGCUGGAACAUUGAGUCAGUUGCGGUUGCGUGGGGGAAGCCUCAUCCGCACCAAGCAUGGCACGUCUAUGCGGCAAGCAAGAUUGAAGCGGAGAGGGCAGUCUGGAAAUUCUACAACCAAGACAAAAGCUGCCGUCCAGACUUGGUCGUCAACACAGUGCUCCCUAGUUGCAACUUCGGCAGGAGCCUCGAUGUUAUCAAUCAAGGCCACCCUUCAACAUCAUCGUUCAUUGAAAGUCUGUGGUACGGGAUUAACAUGGACCAACUGGCGUGUAGUCCUCCGCAGCACUUUGUUGAUGUUGAAGACACCGCAAGGCUUCACGUUGCCUGCGCCGUACUGCCAGAGGUCCAAGGCGAACGAGUCUUUGCGUGGGCCGAGCCUUUCAACUUCGAUGCCGUGCUAGACAUUUUGCGCAGCGAGUUUCCCAACAAACAUUUCGUGGAGAACUUCCACAACUACCGCGAUCUAUCUACCGCAGAGAAAGCAAAGUCGCGAGCCGCCCAGCUGCUGCGACGAAUGGGGAGGAACGGUUUCACUUCAUUGGAGGAGAGUGUUUUACUAAAUGUUGACGAUCUGCCCUAG